CAUAAUCAUCUGCUGUGAUUCGAACUGAAACGACAUCGCCACAUCAGUCACAUCUCCAGCUGCCGGUCACUUGGAAGUGUUCGUGGGUGAUCUUCCGAUCGUGCAUUGCAGGAACGACGACACGUCACUUCUCGGCACCGAAACAAUGACAGGUCACUUCUUCACGUAGAGAAUUGCUGCAAUGGAGAAACGAGUACUACAUUGCCAAUCUUUUGACUGCAAGGAUAUGUCUAUCGUCGCUGGAACAUUGUCUUUCCAUCGCUUUAUCUUGCCAUCCAGCCUGAUCAUGACUGAAGUUUUUGACGAUGCGAAUGGCCAUUGCUAUCCGACCAAGCACCCUGUCUACCACCGAGUAUUGAACGCUGCCACCAUAUUCCAUGCCUCUUCUCCUCUCUCUUCCUUACAUGCCAUUUGCAUCUGCUUUAGCAGUGUGGCGUGCACUACCCCCCCAAUGCCUACCCUGGGAUUUCAUGCUUAUCACCACUAUGACGUCUGGCGUAUCUGCAACACCAUACCCGGGUCGAAACACAUCGACUGUGCAAACCACGAUCAUCGUAUCUCGACUGUUCGGAGCGUAGGACCAUCAAAGGUGUUGCGUCUCGUUCAUCUCGUACAUCCCCGUCCGUCUCGACACCACCCGCCUCGUUCCUGCGUGCCACAUCUUGCAACUCCGGCCACUCGGUACGGCUCCCCUUGUGGCGGCGAUCGGAAUAUCCUUCAUCAUCUUCAACCUCAAGAUGUUGCUUUAUUACCACACUCUAGAAGGACGUCGUCGCUACGAAAGGUCGCACGAAACAGUGAUUGCAGUUGUCCUGAGUGAAUAGGGCGUCUUUCUAUAUGUGCUUUGCCGUUGCGUUGGGCUGAUGGAAUCUUUGAUGGAGAUGACAGCUGCGGUAUCUUCUUCCUGAUCUCCAUCUAUGCACCAUGGCCGAAUGGCCCGUUGUUCUUAAUGCAUCGCCGCAAUUGCCUCAAUGCAUGCCCGUCGUUAUCGAAAGCGUCUUGAAAAAACCUAAUGCCUGUUUAGUCGGUCGCGAAGGUAUGAUCGUUCUUAUCUACAGCAUCUCAUCUGCUAGAUGGAUAACUUGAAGUGGCUGGGCCGUCAGCACCUAUCGUUCCCCAGUUCA